CUCAAAACCUCAUUCCGUUUCAGAUCGCGAGUUGAGCAGUUUAGUUGUCAGUUGAGAGUAUAGUUUGUGUUGUGUUGUGCGGAAAUGGCUUCCCGUAAAAAGCAAGACGAGAAAAACCUGAAAACUCUUCGCGAGUUAGCUGCCUUGUCUUCUAACAAGUACUGUUUUGACUGUAAUCAAAGGGGACCCACAUACGUAGAUGUAACGAUAGGCUCAUUUGUUUGCACCAAAUGUUCUGGAUUAUUGAGAGGUCUUACGCCCCCCCACAGGGUGAAAUCCAUUUCGAUGGCAACAUUCACCCAGGACGAGAUCGGUCUGUUAGAAAGCAAAGGUAACGACUACUGCCGAAAGGUCUGGCUCGGACUGUUCGAGGGCACCCCACCCUCCGAUUCCAGGGACGAGCAGGCCGUCAAAGACUUCAUGAUAGAAAAAUACGAACGCAAAAGGUACUACCUGGACCCGUCGCACUUGCCGAAGAACGGCCACACGAAGACGACGACAACGUCCAAGACCAACGGCGCAGACAAGAUCGAACAACCACCAAAGAACAACAGGAUGUCCGAACCGAAGCCGAUCCUGAACAACAAGUACAACAGUAGCAAUUUUCAGACGUCGAACAGGAGGAGGCCGGAGGUGUCCAGCAAUUUCGGUCAGCCCCAGGUCGUCAGGCAUCAGACGUCGAAGGGCGUCUCGAACGGUGGCGAUUUCGUCGCCAACUUCGACACUGCGGACAUUUUUAGUGCGUCGAACAAUAAUUCGACGACGAACGGCAGUGGUAGUACGGGUCAGCAGGGAUUCGCCAACUUCGAGAACAACCCCGUUUUCAGUAAUGUUACAACCAACAACGCUGAGAAAAACGAGUUCAGCAUCUUCGAUUUGGACUUUACCAGCGUCGGUCCAGUUCUAAACCAAGUGCCUCUAUUUCCUAAAUGUAAUGUGAAUAAAAAUAGAUGGAGCUUGCCCACCACCUCAAUAUUAAACCAAAUGAACCAACACAGUCAGAACACAUCGAAUAAUGUACCUUCAGAAGAUAGGUACGCAGCCCUGAAGGACUUGGAUAACGCGCUUAAAUCACAAACCACCCUAGAUUGGAGCUCCAGCGGAUCUAACGGAUCUCUAUACAGUUCACCGACACCGACAGGAUCCAUGUACAGUAGUCCCUCGCCCCAAAGUUCGCUAUUUGGCUCGCCUAGUCAAGGUCAAUUCUUGAAUGGCUUCGCAGCUCUACAAGAGACUAAUGGAGUAUCCAACCCAUUUGGAAACAAUGGUUUUAGUUGGAACACGCCUAAAGUAAAUGGUAUGAAUGGAGGAUUGAAUGGUACAAAUGGAUUCCACUCGCAAAAUAAUUAUCAAAACCCCUUCAGAGUAAGUGAAAUGAAUAAAAUGAACGGCUUCUCUCAGAUGGUGCAGCCUAAUGGAUUCCAGAUGGGUGGAGACAUGCUAUGGAAUGCCAAUCCAUUCAAGGUUGGAGCAACAACAAUGAGUUCAAAUAACCCCUUCUUAUGAGUUGUGACUACAUAUGGUAAUCCUCCUUCUACUUCAUCAGUCUAGCUGUUCAACAACAAAUGCUUUGAACCAAACUUUGCCAUAAUCAGCUAACACUGCAGUUUUUUUUCUCAAAAAAACUAUUUAUUUAUUUAAAGGCCUCUAUGUAGCAAAAGGAUGUUAUACCAAAAAAUGCUUGUAAUCUUUUAUAUAUUUUUUGAAUAAGUGUAGAUUAGUAUUCAUCUGAAUAUUAAAUAUUGUCUGCAAAGUUAUAUGAUUCAUCUCUGUUGCCUUUUUAUAAUGGGUGUGAAGAGAGUUAUUUAUUUAUGUUUCGUAUAACAGAUUUUUUCACACCCUUUAUAAUUUCAUUGUAUUACGAUAUGAGUAAGGAACAAAUCAUGAACAACCAAGUAGUAGGGUAGUAACUUGUUUUGUAUAUUUUUGGAAUCAGCCACUUUAGGUUAAUGUCAUAAGAAAACUAUUUUUAAAUACUGAAGUUCAUAUUUGGUAAGUUUUAAUUGCUAAUGACAUUGUUCUGUGAUACAAAAAGGUUAAAAUACAAUUUUGUUGUACAGUGAAAAUUACAAAAUUGUUACCUCUA